UUUGCUUGCACAGUCGGAAAUAGGGUUGUCGCGGUAGCUACAGAAAUAGUCGAUUCCCAGUUUUCUCAGUAGCAACGAGAGAGAGAGAGAGAGAGAGAGAGAGAGAGAGAGACAAAACGCCCAGGGAAGAGAGAGAAAGGCCAUUACAAAUUCUGUGAUCGCCAAAGGGGCUUCAAUGCCUCGUCGCUGCGCAGAUUAGUCUCCACGAGCAGAUACCUAUAGAUACAAAUUUUCAGAGUCGAUGGCUCUCACUGCGGGCAAGCUCACCAUUCUGGUUGGUGCAGGCAUUCUUGGUUCAGUUCUUGCAAAAGAAGGACGCGUAUCUGAUCUUGUCUCUGGUGCAUUCAAGAUUGCCUGGAAGCAAAUUAUACGAAAUGAUCAGACUCCAUCGGUUAAGAAACCACAUAACGACACUUUGAUGGCCCAGAUGAACAACCUACGGCAGGAGCUGCAAAUAAUGGCAUCAAGUCGACCCGUUACAAUUGUUACUACAAGUCGAACAGGUACUAGAUAUGGUAUAAUUAUUGUUGUAGUGGUGGUAGGAGCUGGCUACGUUUGGUGGAAGGGGUGGAAGCUUCCUGAUAUGAUGUUUGCAACAAGACGUAGCUUAUCCGAUGCUUGCAGUUCUGUUGGUAGUCAGCUUGAAAGUGUUUAUUCGUCAGUUGCGGCCACUAAACGGGCAUUAUCUUCACAAAUGGAUGGUGCGGAACGUUCUUUGGAGGAAUCUAUAGAAUUUAAUACUAGGACACAACAAGAGGCUAUUGAAGUACGAGAAAGAGCGAAUGCUGUUUGUGAGAAUAUUAGAGAAUUUCAACACGCAGUGCAGACUCUGGAAACAAAAAUUAAUGUAAUAGAUGGGAAUCAGGAUGUGACUGCUAAUGGAGUAUGGAAGUUAUGUGACUAUGCCCUGAACAUUGAAAAGGGUGGAACUGCAGAACGUAUUCAGGCAUCACCAUCCAGUUUUUCCGGGCCAGUUCGUGAACUACCACCCACCUCCCCCUCAUCUUCGGUGACACCACUUCAGCCCUUGAGGCCAGCACUCGAGCUACCCCCAUCUUCAUCCUCAAGGUUGUUUCAGGAGAACAGAGGCAUCUUGGAAGCAGCUGAGGCGUCAAAUCGCGGUGAGGUUUCUAAUGGGUUUCGUGCUCUGGAGGGCACAAACAAAGCGGCUUCCAGUUCUCGGUGGUUUGGGUUUGGGUUUCCAACCUCUAAUACUUCGACAAUCCUAAGGACGCGAAGUGCCACAAGUGGGAUGGUGCAACAGAAACGAUCAACUAGUCAGCAAUUAUGAGGAUCUCUGUAUAGAUCUGCCAUUUAGAAUGUAUUUAUGCGAUAAAUCAUUUGGACGACUCUCUUGUGGGCGGAAAGCCUUCAGCGGUUUAGACUGGUUAGUUUUAGAGAGCCAACCUCAAAUGUAGUUGGUGCCUAGUCCCCUACUCAAAUUCCAUUGGAACGGGACCGGUAUUGAAUUUUGUAGAGCAGUUGUUAUGUGAUAAUAUAAUAUGGUUAUCUAAGAUGACAUUUUUUUUUUGUUACAUUGGGAGGAAAUAAACCCCGGUGUUUCGAUCCUAGGUGCCAAGCAGGGGGAAGACCCAUUGUAAUAUGACAUAAUAUAUGUAAUAACGAUUUUUAGUAUU